CCCAGAUCUGGCACAGUGCUAUUGGCCCCCCAAGUAGCUGGAUCCGGAGUUAGCUUGGCCUGGGGUGCCGAGGCCAAGCGAAGCCCCCGGACCGGUUGCGCCCACCGGUGUCCUACCCGCUGUGUACUAUUGAUCACGCGCGAUACCGUAGUACCGAGGUAUCCAUCUACUUAUACCUCGCUUCGACGUGUCACGCCGUAGACAGAACUCGCUGCCUCUCAAACGCCAGACAUUGCAUCUAUCUUUCAACUCCCAAUUGCCCUUACAAUGCCUAUGACAUCGUUGUACGAGCACAUUGACAUUCCAAACGUCGACCUGUGGACCUUUCUGUUUGAAAGGAAAGAUAGGCCAUGGCCAGAUAACAAAGAAAUCUACAUCGACGCGGCCACGAAACGCUCGUAUACCUGGUCCCAGGUGAAGAGCACCGCCAUUGAGUUCGGCCGCGGCUUACGUUCCCAAUGGGGAUUCAAGAAGGGCGAUGUGCUGGGGUUCUUCACCCCCAACAGCGUUGACUAUGCCCCCGUCUUCUUCGGCGUGCAUUAUGUGGGAGGUGCCGCAAGCACCGCCAACCCAAACUAUACGGCUAAAGAGCUCGCCUUUCAGAUGAAGGACUCGGGCGCCAAAGGCAUCGUCACACAGCUGCCGAUGCUACCCGUCGUGCGUGAGGCCGCACAUGCCAUCGGUCUUCCCGACGACCGCAUCAUCCUCCUCGGCGAUGGGCGGGACCCCGUGGGCAAAGCCAAGCAUUUCACCGAGAUUAAACACACGGGCCUCCUCGGGGCGCUUAACCUAGGCCAGACACGCGUUGAUCCGCAAAAGGAUCUAGCCUUCUUGGUCUAUUCGUCCGGUACAACCGGUUUGCCCAAGGGGGUUCAGCUAACACAUUUCAAUAUUGUUUCCAAUAUUGCCCAGCUAGAACAUGUCGAUAGGUUCAAUGGGCUAUACCACGCCGGCGGAUUGGACGGCAAAGGCGACAAGCAACUGGCGAUAUUGCCAUUCUUUCAUGUCUAUGGUCUCACAUGUAUUGCACUAGCCGGUAUACGGAUGGGUAUUCCAACAAUAAUAUUGGCCAAGUUUGAGCUAGAAAAGGCAUGCCAGGCCAUCCAGGACUUUGGAAUAACUUUUGCGUCUGUUCCGCCGCCGGUGGUGCUGGCGCUAGCUAAGCACCCGGCGGUCUCCAAAUACGAUCUCUCAACCGUCAAAUUCAUGAACUCGGGGGCUGCCCCUCUGGGCCGCGAUCUCGUGGAGAUGGUCUGGGACCGGCUGACGAUACCCAUCAUGCAAGGAUAUGGGCUCUCAGAGACUGCGCCGACGCUCACUAAGGGCAUCAUCUUCGAUUGGAAGAGGUAUAACGGGUCCGCAGGCAAACUACUGCCGAACAUCGAAGCUAAGAUUGUCGACUUGGAAGGGAAAGAGCUGUCUACUGGUCAAGACGGCGAGCUCUGGGUUAAGGGUCCCAAUGUUUUCCCAGGAUACCUUAACCGCCCAGAAUUACAAGAUGUCACCUUCAGCGCUGAUGGCUACUUCAAGACUGGCGAUAUCGGGCAUUUUGACGAAAAAGGAAAUCUAUACAUUACAGACCGGCUGAAGGAGUUGAUCAAAUAUAAGGGUUUCCAAGUAGCGCCAGCAGAACUCGAAGGAGUUCUACAGCGCCACGAUGACAUCGCAGAUGCGUGCGUGAUCCCCGCACACGACCUCCAGCGGGAAACAGAGGUUCCUCGCGCCUACCUGGUGCUGAAGCCCGGCGUAGCGCGUAAUGAAGCCAAGGCGGAAGAGAUUGUUGCGUGGCUCAGUAGCCGCGUCGCUGAUCACAAGAGGCUGCGCGGUGGCGUUCGUUUCAUCGACGAGAUACCGAAGAAUGCGAGCGGAAAACUCUUGCGCCGUGUUCUGAAAGAGCGAGCCAAGGCCGAGGACCGCGCGGCUGGUGCCAAGUUGUAGCGAAGCAUUCGGCUCUUCCUGCUUUCUUCAUUACCUUGCGUGCGCGGGUGGAGUGAUUUUAAAGAGCGUCUAGAUAUAUAUAGACCUUGUGUGUGUAUGGAAGAAGUUAUUACCCUAUGUUACAUUGCAAGGGGGUUAUUUUCUACAGGGCGAAUCUAGAUGAAGUAGCUGUGUACUUCUAC